AUGGCACGUACAAAGAGGUUCACCCGAAGGGUGCAUCCCACAACCUCCUCUGCUAAUGAAGGGACAACCAAUGUGCAACAACAAAACCAAAACUCGGUAGUACCCACUCAACAAUUGAGUACUCAGCCACAUGAAUUGGUGAUCCACCAACAACAAGUACCUUCUGCUCAAUCAGGAUUUGCACAAGCUGCAGCUGCAAAUACUGAACCUCCACCAUCAUCUGCUCAACCUACCCUAGCACCUGCUGCCUCUGAACCAGUCUCUGGUCAAUCUCAGCCAUCCGAUCAAAGACCACCACGAAACCCUUCCCAAAGGACAUGCAACAAAUACUGGGUUGUUGAUGUGCUAGCUGAUAAUGGAGUGACUGAUGCGGAAAGACUACGUGUGCGGGAUGUAUUGGUACUUCCUCCUCAUAAGAAAGUAGUAGUGGAAUGGAAUGAGGACAAUCAGCCUGUCGGGGAGGCUGCUGCCCUAUUGCUUGGUUUUUUGGGUCACCUUGCAUGCAACCCAAACAUAUUCCCUAUAAGUUAUGAGAGGUGGCCUAAAAUACCCCCCAUCUACAAGGAAGAUGUUUGGCUAAACACUAUUAAGAAAAGAUUCGUUGUGGAUAAUGAUGACCAUUAUCAUUUCUGUAUGGGCAAUAUGGAAAAUUUCCCUGAUGGGAUGACAAGGGAACAAUGGGGUAGUUUCUUGACUUAUAAAACAAGUGAGAAAGCAAAGAAAUAUAGUAGAAUCAAUACUGCUAAUAGACAGAAACAAACUAUCCCACAUACCCUAGGCUCAAAGACCAUUGCAAGGAGGAAAAGAGAGCUGGAAAUAGAACGUGGAACAACAAUGACCAGAGGGGAAAUAUAUGUUGUUGCUCAUAAGAAAAAGUGUGGAAAUUUUGUGAAUGAGGAAGCUAGGCUGAAAAAUGAUCAAUUACUAGUACAGAUGCAACAAACCAAUUCUGAAGUAGAGGCUUUUAUUAAUGUAUUUGGGAAGGAACACCCAGGUCGGGUUAGAGGCAUGGGUUUUGGGGUGGUUCCAUCCCAAAUACGUAGAACAUCAACUAGUUCAGCCUCAACUUCUUCCAGUAGUCCUACACAAGCUGAAUAUGAUGCCUUAAAAGAAGAGUUGGACACUAUAAAAGACAAGAUGGUAGAGCUUGACACAUUAAAAGCACAAAUGGCACAUUUUCUGCUAAAUUUUGGAAGUCAAUUGCCAUCUAAUGAGGUUCCUGACUUGGGAUCUCCUGGAAUUAGAAAGUCCUCCAAUGCUAGUCAUAAUCCUUCUCUUGGACCAGAAUCUUCAAAUCAUGGACCCUCACCACCAUCAUCUUAA